GAUCGGAUCGGUAAUAAUCAGCAGUGGAGAAGAUCACCUCUGUUCGUCCAAGGAAAUUUUGUCAUUGUGAUAUCGAUACUACUGUCAAUUAAUUGAUCGUGAUAAUAAUGUCGGGUAAGCAGUUGAUUAACAAAGUCGACGAAAUAGUGGACGAGGCACUGCUUGGACUCACGAUAACAUAUCCAGCUCUGGAGUUAUUGAAAGAGCAGAGAGUUGUUUUGAUGCCACAUUGGAGCGAAUCCGAUGAAGUGGGGGUGAUAAGUGGCGGAGGUAGUGGACACGAGCCUUUUGCUGCAGGCUUCGUCGGUAAGGGAAUGCUCACGGCAGCGGUCUGCGGUUCGGUCUUUGCCUCACCCCCGACUUCCAAUAUAUUCCACGCGAUCGAAAAAAUCUGCACUCACAAAAAAGCUGGAUGCUUGGUGAUCAUACCCAAUUACACCGGUGACUGUCUCAACUUUGGUUUGGCCAUCGAGCGAGCGAGACUCUCCGGCUUGAAGAUCGAGCAGAUCGUUUUCGGGGACGACUGCAGCAUACCCGACGAAAAGCUGAGCAUAGCUGGAAAACGAGCACUACCGGGAAUUGUGCUCGCGAUCAAAGUCGCCGGCUCUCUGGCCGCUAUGGGCAAGGAUCUCGACGAGAUCUACAAGCACGUAAAACUAGUCGCGGACAACAUCGCCUCUUGCUCGGUUGGGCUGGUCCCUUGCACCAUGUUCGGUCAAAAGGAGGCCAUGUUCCGGAUACCGGACGACGAGGUCGUCUUUGGCCAAGGUAUACACGGCGAGGAUGGUUACGAGAAAAAGAAGCUGAGCAGCGCGUCCAAGACUGCGAGCCAUUUGAUCGACAGAAUAGAGAAGGCCCUGAAGCUCGAUGAUACCUCAUCCUCGACCUCGAAACUCGUUGUACUGGUAAACAACUUUGGCAGCCUGACCCAGUUGGAGCUGCAAAUCAUCGUCAAAGAGGUCAACGUUCAGUUACGCAAAAGAGGUGUCGAGGUGCUGCGAGUAUACAGCGGUCACCUCAUGACGUCGCUUAACAGCGUAGGUGUACACUUGUCGGUGCUCAGACUGCCGGAAUCUGAUUCGGAGGCGUUUUCAAUGAUUCUCGAAGCGCUGGAUCAGCCAACCCAGGCGCCCGGCUGGACGGGCUGCGAAUACAGCUUAGAGACGUCGAGCACCGAGUCGAGUCCGCCGAGAAACGUUAUGACCGCCGAGCCGUCGAAAAAGAUCGAUAGCCUCGCCGGACCGACCCUCACUAGCCGCCAACAGGGACUGCUCAAGAGAUGUCUGGUCGAGGCUUGCAGGGCCGUGAUAAACGAGGAGAGGACGAUCAACGAGCUCGACAGCGGGUGCGGUGACGCGGAUUGCGGCAGCACGCACAGAAGCCUCGCCGAAGGAAUUCUGUCCGCGCUGGAGGCUUUGGCUCUGGCCAGACCAGCCUCGCUGAUGACCGAAUUGGCAGGGAUUGCCGAAAAUCGGAUGGGUGGCACGUCGGGCGCCAUUUACAGCCUGCUUUUCACAGCUGCGGCGCAAGAAAUGGCCAAAGUCGAGGUCGUUUGCAACUGGCUCCAGGUCUGGCUCGGCGCUUGGCGCGCGGGUGUCGAGGUUCUCAAGAGAUACAGUAGAGCUAGGAUCGGCGAUAAGACGUUGAUCGACGUGAUCGAGCCCUGUUUGAUAGAGCUACUGAGGAAAAACUACUCGUCUUACGUUGAUGCUGCAAAGUUUUUGAUGGACUGCAUCCAGAUGUACGCUGAAAAAACCAAGACCCUCGAGCCGAAGGCCGGCCGGGCAAGUUAUGUGACCGACCCCGAGCACAGAGGUAAAAUAGACGCGGGCGCCUAUGCUGUGGCACAGUGGAUGAGAGCUGUUGCUCAGACUUUGAAGGAAGAUUUUCAUUUGGCCAAUUGAAAGGCUAAAUACUUUUGUUACUGUUGAUUUAUUUCAAUUUCCAUGCACCACUAUCAUACGUAACCGUGGAUAGGUAUAUUGUUCAAUAUCGCUACUAUACUUGUUUUUCUUCUAGAUUCUCAAAACUUUAAUGCGCAACAUUUUUAUGCUCUUUGUUCUGAUUGAACUGACAUUUUCAUUAAUGCUGGGUGAGAUAUCAAAGUAAUGUACACAAAAACAAAAAGUGUUUCGUUUUACUUUUUAAGAAAUAUAUUUUUAAUAAUGCAUGGAUAAAAUUUAAAAAAGACACGAGGGAUUUCAUUUUCAUUCAACUCCUUGAAGAUUUUAAAUCAAUUCACGGAUUAAAGUUGCAUUUUUUCAUUAAGUAAUAUCUCAAAAUAAAAUAAAUAAAGUGGAACACUACUGUGUACAGAAAACAACUUACUUUUAACACAGCAUCAAAUUUCCUAGAAAGUUAUAUGUAUGAUCAUUUACAUCAUACAGGUAAGAUUUCAUAUUUUUUAAAUGAUAAUGACAUUUUGUUAUUUAUAAUUUACAAUUAUUUUUUCCAAAAUAGCAUUUU